AUUUUAUUUACCUGUGUAACCAACCACAUUGGUGGCCAAAGCGAUCGACCACUGUGGCAUGUUUUUUCCAGCACUUUUGCAGGUUAGGCUGAAAAAUAUUAAAAAAAAUUGCACUUUUUUUCCUUUCUUCUCUCCUCUUGACCUCUUUUCCUUUUACAUUUUAUAAGCUGGAUUGUCUGUAGCAAUAAUAUUACAACCGCCAUCUAUACUUUCAUAUACCCCCCAUCCAUCAUGGACUACACUAAUACAACCACGUUUCGACAGCACUCGCCCAUGAUGGCCGCCGACUCUAUAUUAGCGCACCAUCCGCAUUUCGUGCGUUACCGCCACUCGUGCGAACACUGUCGAAAGCGGAAAAUAAAAUGCAGCGGCACUCGGCCCAUCUGUGACCAUUGCCUGCGCCGAAGCAUUCCAUGCAUAUACAAGCCGCUCGCGCGAACUCGACACACUCCCACAUCGUCGGCAACGCCAAUGGGAUCCAUCCCGCAGGACCCGGCCAGGCAAGCAAGGGCGCUGCCCAUCUCCAUUCCAACAAACAGCACGGCCGGUGGCUACUUCAUGCCGCCCCGCUUCGCCAGCGCGCCAUCACCAAUCCCCACUUUCAUGCUUCAUCCUAUGUUUGAUUCCGGAUCAGACUCGAACAAACUGCCAAAUGCCAUUCCGCAGCACCUCUACGGGCCCAAUAUGCUCAGCGCGAUGUCUCCCCUGGCCACUCCGCAGGUGGCUUCCUUUGGCGGCAGCGACAUGGCUGGGAGCUUCAACUCCAUGCACAGCGACUUUUCCGAAUUGACUUCGCCGAGUGGCAUAAUGCCGGGCAUCAUACAGGGCGGCGGCAGCAAUAUGGACGACACAAUGGAUGUCGCUGGUCUGUCAAACUGCUCCAUGUACGAUGGCCAGAUGUCUGGACAGCCAGAAUCGCAGCAGAACAUGUCGCCUAAUAUCCCGCAGACAGCUCCCGCAGGAUCGAUCGGGUUCGGGUACACCGGGUUCAGCUUGCCGACGCACAGCAACCUUUCAUUCAGCAUGCCGGCCGAUAACUUUGGUAGCUACUUUAGAGACUCUGGCGGCUCUCUGACUGCAUUCCCCCCCUCUAGCAGCAGCUCCACUGGUCAGAACAGCUCUUUACAAGACCCGCUCAUGUCGGCCGCCGCUGUUGCUGCUGCCUCAGCUGCCACUAAAAUGGCUCUGGAUGAAAAGCUUGAGCACCCACCUCCUCACAGACGCAAGCGCACCUUGACCAACGACUCCACCGAUAGCUUGUCCAACAUUCCACUUCUCGAGCGGGCGUCCUUGGAUACUGAUAAUUCUAUUGGACAGAUGAUUGGGUGCAAUAACGACGAGCGGGUAUAUGCCGAUUUGAUAUCCUCUUUUAGCAUCUGUCAGAACAACGCCGCUGCUGAUCUCGGUGGAUAUGCGUUUUUGGAUAAUGGAUUUUCGCUGUCUUCGUCGAUGAACACACACCAGGAUGUUGCUGAUAAUAAUGGUCCCCCUCAUGGUCUGGCGGGCGUAGAUGAUGGCGGCAUUGCACCAGAACUAACAAUAUACCGACAAGCCGGCGCUAGCACUAAAAAGUCGAGCGGCUGCGGGUACAAUCAAGAAAAGAAUGUGACUACAAAUAUCUAAGAAUAAUUUAAAAAAUAUCCUGCAAAUCGACAUCUUUCUUUUCCAUCCUAAUUGCAUAGCAACCCGGCACGUGCUUAGAAACCAGAGGCAAUAAAUGGCCCACCAUGCCUUUACAUUUCGUUAAAAGGUAAGUGCGUUAACGGUGCAAGUGUGUAAACACAAUUAUACCAGGGAGAGGCGCUUAAUAACUGCACUGUAACAAAUCCCCAACCUGCGGGGUUGUAACCUUAGAUAUUAAGGCGGAGUCGAUCGGAUCUGGCUGGAUUUGGCUAGAUUUGGCCGCGGGCAGCAGGAUAAGGGGGGAAUGGGAAUGGAUGACAAGCUGGUAUCAAGCAUGUUUUGAUUUCGCCCUUCUUAUUUUUUUGUGUGUGGUACACACACACUUUUGAAUGAUUCUGUUGUUUGAACAGCUUGCCUUUCU